GGCUGGUUAGCGGUUUAGCGAAGUAGCCCAAGAAGUCUAAUCAAGUGUAGCUGCAGAGUUUCCCCGAGAAUGACUGCCCUGGAAGCGGACUUGCUACGGUCCAGAGGACGCGCUAGUCCCCACAGCGUGAAACUGUGGCAGCUGAACGGGACAGAUUUCCAGCCGGCGGUGACAGAGGGGUCGCUGGUGGCCACAGAGACCCGAUUCAGCACCUGGACACCUAUCGGCAACAAGCCGUCCAAUCAGCAGCUUUUUCAGGAAAGGAUGACCCUCAUAUCGCACUGGUUUGACCUGUGGACUGACAGGCAGAGGAAACAGUUCAUUCACAGCAUCCUGACAAGGUGUUCCAAAUCCCAGCUUAACUUCACCAGGGAUUGGUUUUUGGAGGUGGUUCCCAUCAUGCACCUGGACUUCACCACGGUGCUUCCACGCUUCCUGUCCCUCUACAUCCUGUCCUUCCUCAACCCGCAGGAUCUGUGUUCAGCCGCCCAGGUCAGCUGGCACUGGAAGUUCCUGGCGGAGCAGGACUGCCUGUGGUCUCCUAAGUGUGUGAUCCGCGGCUGGUUCCUGCCCUACACCCCUGCGGACGGCGAGUUCGGGGCCUGGAAGAGGCACUAUGUUGCCUGUGCCUCCAGCCUGGACUACCUGACCCCCCGCGAGGCGGAGGAGGUGUACGGGACCCUGAACGAGCCCCUGGGGGACGCAGAGGAGGAGGAGGAGGAGAGGAGGAGAGAGAGAUGGAUCAGGCAGGCCAUCAGGGAGAAGGUGGCGGAGCACAAGAGGCUCGCGCUGAAGGGCAGACGGCCCUGGCUGAGCAGCAGCUGGAGUGCGGGGACACCUGGGGUCAAAGGUCAGGGGUCACGCACGGGCGGGGCAGGGCUGACAGCUGCGCUGGUGCUCCUCGGGGAGAGGAGUCGAAGCCAGCCCUCGCUGUCGCGGCUGCUGGAGCGAGAGGCCCGGUGCUGCUCUGCCCAGGACUCCACCCUCCAGAAGACCCGUGUCACCAGUGCCCUGAGGUCGCUGCCCAGAGGGAGGAGUAUGACUGGAGGAUCGUACCUCAUGGCCAAUUACAGAUCCCAGUCAACAGAACAGCACAGCGCCCCCUACUGCCAGUCUCCUCUCCACCUGCUCCUGGUGUCGUCCCGGGUCCCUGCGUAUGAGCUGGUGCUGAGUGGGGUGCGAGUCGGAGUGGUCCCCCUGCUGUACGACCACAGCGGGACCACGCUGCAGGCGCUGCUGUUCCGGGCGGAGGGGGCGCUGCGGGGCCAGAGGGUGCAGAGCGUGGGGGUGCUGGCUGAGGGGGACGCCGGGGAGCUCAGUCUCACGCAGGGGUGCAGGGUCACAGAGGAGUCCCUCCUGAGCCCGGACGUGAGGGAAUUCUGGGAGAAGCUGUCUGGCUGGGUGGUGCCCAGGACAGAGGGGGGGCGUCUGGACAUCUUUGCCCCUUUAGCAGCCUCUGUGUCAGGAAUGGAGCUGCUCUCCAAGCUCUCCACCCUGACGGGUCUGAAUGUCACUGCACCUACAGGGAUUGCUACUGGAUCGUACCAACACAUUCUCAGUGAUUGGCUGGGGCAGGGCGUGUCUCCGCCCCAGGUGUACUUCAGCGAGGCCCCACUGCUGAGCUGGUGCCGGCAGGCGGAGUGGCUGGAGGAGGCCCUCAGGGGCCUGAGGGUGCAGCUGGGGCCACAGCUCCUGCAGCUGAGGCAGGAGACCAGGGGCCGCGCCCUGGGUCAGUUUCUUUGGGAUGAGGUUGGCCUGUCUGAGGUUGUCCAGUCAGAAGUGACACGUGCUUUGGCAGAGGGGCUUGCUGCACUGUCCAGGGAGAGAUGUGACAGUCCACUGAGCUUCCUGUGCGACUUCCUGCGGAGGAGGUGUGAGGAGGGAAACGGGGCACAGACAGACAGCACGUUUCGUCAGCCUCUCUCAUACACUGACCCCAGAACAGCUCUCAGCCCGAUCAGUAAUCUUCCACAGGCUGCGGGCAGUUUCUCAGACAGGAGGCUGGCUGUGGCAGGGGCGCUGCUCCACAGUGAGAGGGUGUAUGUGCGCCUCCUGCAGGCGGUCGCCCGGGUGUACUCCGACCCCCUCAGAGCCGCCCUCAACUCCAACCGAGCCGUGCUCAGCUCCGCCCACGUCCUCAUGGUCUUCUCCCCUGUGCUGGACAUCCUGGAGGUCAACAGCCCCUUCCUGGCCGAGCUGACGGAGCGUUUGGGGGAGUGGGGCCCCUCCCAGUGCCUGGGGGAUGUGCUGCUGAAGUUUUGCUCCAAGCUGAGGACCUACACCAACUUCUUCAACAACUACCCCACCAUCCUGAGGACCAUUGACAAGUGCAGGGAGAUGAUACCAGCCUUCCGGGCCUUUCUGAGGAGACACGACAGAACCCUGGCCACCAGCAUGCUGAGCCUGCAGGAGCUGCUGCUGCUGCCUGCGUCGCGUGUGGAGGAGUACGCCACACUGCUGGAGGCCCUCCUCCUGCACACGCCCCCUCAGCACCCUGACCAAUUACAGCUCAGAUCCGCGCUGGACUCCCUGCAGCGAUACAAGAGCUUCCUCCACAAGCUGAAGCAGACUGCGGAUGGUGACUCCAGGAUAGCGGAGACUCAGAGGAUGAUCCACAGCUGCCCGAACCUGCAGGAGGGGAACAGGCACCUGAUGGCAGUGCAGGAGGUGGAGCUGCUCCACACCCCCCACGAGGACAUCGCUGCCUCACUCAGGGUGUACGAGCGCGUGGGCGACCUCGGGCUCUUCCUCUUCAAUGACGCGCUGGUGCUGAGUGAGCGGAGCCUCUCCCACCUGCCGUACCGGCACACCUGCGUGACCUCGCACACCUUCCUGGCCUCCGUCGCCCUGCACACGCUGACCCCGCGGGACAUCGCCGACACCAAGUAUGUGCAGAACGCCUUCGCCCUGGAGGGCCCGAAACGGCAGUGGGUCUGUGCCACCGAGCGAGAGGAGGACAAGGUCACAUGGCUGUCUGCGCUACGCAGCGCCAUCAACGCUGCCAUCGGGGAUGAUUAG